UGAGAGUUGACGUCAUAACUGUUGAUGAGCUAUCAAUGACAUGAUUUUAACCUCAACCUAAGCGAAGUUUGGGAGUGAAACCCUAGUUUAGCUGGACUGUGACAGCGUCAAGGACACGGCUGGGAAAUACUACAGCUCACCUCCUGCACAGCUUGUCGUUUCUCGUGAGGUAAAACACUGUCGGUCCUUCCGAAAAGGUAGCUUGAAUAAAGGCACCCUUUUAUUGACAGGACGUGGUAUGCCAGCUGUUCGACCGCUGACAUUAAGGAGCCACUAUAAUGCAUUUAAAGGAGGAGACGAUAGCCACUUUAAAGCAGUUUCAUGUCGGGGGAAAGCUCCCCUGCUUGCCAGAGCUACCCAAAGCCUCGGUGCUGAUCCCUCUGUUCGUGAGGGGCGGAGAGCUGCACGCCUUAAUGACUCUACGUUCAAAAGAGCUGAGGACCAGUGCAGGUGAGGUGUGUUUUCCGGGUGGAAAGAGAGACCCAUGUGACCGUGAUGACGUCGACACUGCCCUGAGAGAGGCAGAGGAGGAGAUAGGUUUACCACCUGAGGGCGUCCAGGUUGUGUGCACGCUGUUCCCAAUCAUCAACAAGGUAGAGCAGCACAUUUCCCUGGCACGCCAUCGGCUCCAGGCUUUUGUCAGGUCAACCCCUCUCCAUUUGCGUCUCCCUCCACAGACGGGCCUGCUGGUCACCCCGGUAGUUGGCUUCAUAGAGGAGAGCUUCUGUCCCGUUCCCAACCCGGCUGAGGUCAGUGCCGUGUUUACUGUCCCGCUGGACUUCUUCACCAGUAACAAAGACCACCAUCUGAGCCACGGUGCCGCUGGAACCACGGGACCUUUACACUCCUUUUAUUUCGUGGACCCAGGUUCAGGCAGUCUGUACCAUAUUUGGGGGCUGACUGCCAUGCUGGCCAUACUGGUGGCCAGCCUUGCUCUGAGGAAAAAGCCCGAGUUUGAUGUUGAUUUUGAUUUGGAUGAUCCAUUGCCCUACUUCCAACAAAUUCUGCAUAGAAGACUGAGUAAACUAUGA